AUGCAUGUAGCUGAAGCCCCUCGCACACCGGGCCCGAGCUGGCACCCACAGCAGAAGACACGCCAUCUCCGGUGCCCGAGAGCACCUACUCCCUCUGAUGUUGGAGGGUCAGGCCUACCAGUGGCUAGGCCUGUCAGCGUCCACACGUGCCACAUACGCGACAGCCUGGAAACGACUGCACCAAUUCUGCCACUAGUCGGCACCAAGGUGAUUACAGACACCAUCAUGCUGGCGUUUGUAGCCUACCUGGCGCGUCAACAUGCCGCGUCAACCGUCCGCCUGUAUGUGUCGGCGAUCCGGGCAAUUGCCAAAGAAAACGGCAAAGAUCUCUCGUCGCGAAGAGUGGACCUCGCAGUUCAAGGAGUGGCACGUGCACAGGCCAACCGAACUAAAAACGCCAGUAAGCCAAUCCUCCUGCCCCACAUGGCAGCUAUGCGCAGGGCCCUGAUACGGUCUAACCUCAACGCGACCGACCGAGCCAUGGUAUGGGCAGCUAUUUGCCUGGGCUUCUUUGCGUGUCUCCGGGCAAGUGAGUACACUUCCACAACCGCCACGACCAUGUCAGACGGUGGCCUCCGAACAGAAGACCUCUCCAUCACGCCGCAGGCAAUACAGGUCACAAUCAAGAAGUCCAAGACCGACCAACUCGGCAAGGGUCACUCCGUCCGGCUCACAACCACCAACUCAACGGUUUGCCCGGUCAAAGCCAUGCAUACCUAUCUAUCAAGACGCCCCAACCUGCCCAAUAGACCACUGUUCGUUGACAGCUGUGGCAAGUUCCUAACUGCACCAAGACUCACCCGUCUAAUCCGUCAUCUACUGAGCAGCGCAGGGUACCCACCUAUCCAGUAUUCACUGCACGGCCUCAGAGCCGGAGCCGCAACCACAGGAGCAAUGAGCGGCUUCACCGAAUCCGAGAUCAUGAAACUCGGCAGAUGGCGAAGUGCCUGCUACAAGAACUAUGUACGCUGUGGAAAGUAA